UGAAGAAAUUAGAAUAUAAAACAUAGUGUUGGAGCCAAAAUUCCUCAUUUGUUUAUAUUGUUUUUAUUUUUAUUUUCUCUAAUUGAUUGUUGGGUUCAGCAUGUUUAAUUUCCUUUUUGGCAGAUUGCUCCGCCCACUUCCUGUUAAGAACCAGGAAGUGUUGACAGGGAGGUGACUGUUGCUAUGGUGCGGUUACCAUGGUAGCCUCCUUAAAUUGGGUUCAGGUGUGAGCAUGGGCAGGGCGAUUGGAGGACAAACAGUUUUCGACCGUGGUCGUGGUCGUGGUCGUGUUCGUGUUCGUGACGUGACGUGGUCGUGUUCGUGACGUGGUCGUGUUCGUGGUCGUGUCAUGUCGUAUCGUGUCAUGUGGUGACAAUGAUGUGAUAAUGUGCCAAUCAAGAUGUCCCUGGCUGGCCGUGACCAUCUGUCCCGCUGUGCCGCCAUGCUGUGCCGUCCUCUUCCUUUUCGUGCUGGCCAACUUCACCAUGGCAACCUUCAUGGACGCCGGCGUUCUCCCCACAGCGGACGAGGACGAGGACAAGGACGACGAAUUCCGGGCGCCGCUGUACAAGAACGUGGACGUGAGGGGCAUCCAAGUGCGCAUGAAGUGGUGCGCUUCCUGUCACUUCUACAGACCGCCGCGCUGCUCGCACUGCAGCGUGUGCGAUCGCUGCGUGGAGGACUUUGACCAUCACUGUCCUUGGGUCAACAACUGCAUCGGGAGGAGGAACUACCGCUACUUCUUCUUCUUCCUGCUGUCCCUCACCGGUCACAUGGUCUGCGUCUUCAGCUUCGGCCUCCUCUACGUCCUGCAUCACACGGACGACCUGUGGAAGCUGCACUGCGCCGUCACGUAUCCUUCUUUAAGUCCAGAAUGUCCUCUGGCGUGUUUAAGACUUUUCCUUCACGGCCCUCACAGUUUGUCGGUGGUCAGUAUCUCAGGGCUCUUUCUCCUCCCCGUCCUCGGCCUGGCUGGAUUCCACCUUUUCCUGGUGUCCAGGGGCCGCACCACCAAUGAACAAGUAACUGGGAAGUUUCAGGGUGGAGUGAACCCGUUUACACGCGGUUGUUGCAACAAUCUGGAGUAUUUGAUCUGCAGUCCCUUCUCGCCAAGGUACGCAGCCAGACCUCGCAGGAAGUCAGUCAUCCACAUCCAGCCUCCCUUCCUGAGACCUGAGAUUGACAGGCAGGCGUCAGUCAAAGUCACGGACAACGGCAAUCACAGCCAGGACCUUCAAAACCGACGUUCCUCUGCUGGAGCCGUGGAGCUGUCGGAUGGGAAACAGCAGAAAAGUCCGCCUCCGCUGCCACCGAAACCUGAACACGGGCUGCUGAAAAGCCACCUGGUAUCCAUGGAAGAGAUGGGACAUCACACCAAGUCCAUCAUCCCUGUGUCCAUCCCCACCGUCCCACAGCUGCGGCCUGUCCUGGAGGCCAUAUCUAGGGGAUCGUCACCCAUUCCUCCAGAGCAGCUGCUGAAGGCCUCAGAGCAGCAAGUGGGCAACAAAAGUCCGGACCGGAACGGAAGCCCCCUGAGAGGAGUCCUGCCCCUCCUGAAGGCCACCAGCACCAUCUCAGGCUCGGUGCAGUUCAGCUCCAUGACCCUCAACUCGCGCUCGCUCAAACAUGGCCGUCACCACGGCUGCAAGUCCCAGCUGCCCGCCCAGCACACUGACGGCCCCGCCUCCUCCGGUGUGCUGGCCAACCACAGCAGUUACGACAACCUGACAGACCCCCAGUGCGGGGCUCCGAGGGCCCGCCCGGCAGUCAGCUUCUUCAUGAGCUUGGGCCCCGACGGCAGCGUGGUGCAGAGACCGCCCCCUCUGGCCUACACGCCCCAGGUCUACAGCCCCGUCUUCGUGGGGGUCGCCCGCCACUCGCCUCAGCCCAGAGACACCUCCCCUUCCCUGCAGGGUCUGGCCUCCCGGGACCCGUCCCCGUCCUUCCCUGUCGGCUACAUCCAAAGAGAGCCUCCCUUCGCGGGGUCAGCUCUGGCAAUGCGAGACAUGAAGACCCACAGCCUGAGCUCCACCCCCCAGAAGUCCACCGCCUCACUUUACGACUCCCUCUCCAAAAGCCUCAUCUCCUCCAUCCACGAGCGGCGUGAGAUGGAGGACCGGGAGCGGAUGCUGCGCCUGCACGCCAGGUCCCAGGCCCUCUUCGGCCCCGACGCGUCCGUCUACGACGUCCCCUGCAGGAGGAGCCUCCCGCCGGACAGCGCCCGGCCCCAAGGCGCCCGGGGGCCCACCCCUCCCGCUUACGGCUCCAGGGAGUUCCUCAUGAGCACGGGGGUCCUGGGUUACGGCCUGAGGACGUCGCCUCUCUCCAGCUCGUCCACGUCGUCUCUGAGCCGCGGGCCGAAUAGAACGCAGAGCGGCAGCAGCUGCAGCCUCCAGGGUAAGGCGCCCUCGUCCUCGCCGGGCUACUGUCCUCCUGAACGACAACCGUCAACGUGCACGCUGCCUCGUUUACCUUCUUCCAGCACCUCCGGCGCCGCCCCUCCGUACGCUUCCUACGGCACUGCAAAGAGACCCUCGCUCGCUGAGGGGAAGGACGAGGUCAGCCUGGGAGCCUUGAAGUGACACUCAACCAAUCAUCUUGCACAGGACUGAAAUAUAUCACAAUAUCUCACUUUCACUGUUUUUUUUUUUAACCUGUUUUGUUAUUGCUUUUGUGAAACAACACCACCGUGGUCUCCCAAUGAAAUGUAUUUACCAGUAUUGUGUUUAUAUAUGAAUAAAACUAUUUUGUAACUCUCACUUUUCUACUUCUCGGCUGUCAUUAAAAACGACGUAUGCUCACAGUAGGUGUACCUAAUCAAAAGGCAGGUAAAAUAUCACAUAUUUUCACGUGUGUGAGGAAAUCUAUUUGCUAUUUAUUCAUUUAUUUUUUAGCACAGAAUGGUAACCUGAUGAUGAAA